AUUUGUUUGUGGCAUUAGUAGUCUAUCUAGCCUUCUUUUCUUCCCACCAGGCACGUCGUUGGUUCCUAUCGUUUCCCCAUUUGGCCUUGUCAAAACCGUUUCCUCUGAAGUUUUUCUCCCAUUUUUGAGCUUUACUGUUACUAUUAGCAAGGCAAAAGGGAGAUAGGAGGGUCGGUGGGAGACAGAGACACUAGAAAGAAGGAAAAAAGAAAAGAAAGGAAGUGAGGGUUAGAGAAAGAUGAGCAAGAUCGGAAGAAGAUUCGAGGGAAAGGUAGCCAUCGUCACCGCUUCCACUCAGGGUAUUGGGUUCGCCAUCGCUCAGCGUCUUGGGUUGGAAGGCGCAUCCAUUGUUAUCUCCUCUCGCAAGCAGCAAAACGUAGAUGAGGCAGUUGAGAAGCUCCGAGCACAGGGCGUCCAGAACGUGAUCGGUGUUGUCUGCCAUGUCUCGAAUGCGCAACAGAGGAAGAAUCUCAUUGAGAAAACUGUUGAGAAAUAUGGGAAAGUAGAUGUGGUUGUAUCCAAUGCUGCUGCCAACCCAUCCACUGAAUCCAUUAUAAACACAAAGGAUUCAGUCCUCGAUAAGCUCUGGGAGAUUAAUGUCAAAGCAUCUAUCCUUCUCUUGAGGGUACACAGCACAAUCAACCCAACCGAAAUUUCCCGCUUACUUGCUCAGGAUGCAGCUCCACACAUGCCAAAGGGUUCCGCAGUUGUUCUAGUUGCCUCCAUUGCUGGUUACCACCCACCGGCCUCAAUGGCUAUGUAUGGGGUCACCAAGACCGCCCUUCUCGGCCUUACCAAGGCCCUUGCAAGCGAGAUGGCGCCUGACAUUCGAGUGAACUGCAUAGCUCCUGGUUUUGUGCCAACACAUUUUGCUUCUUUCAUAACGGGGAAUGUUGAACUGAGAAAGGAACUAGAGGCACAGACGUUAUUGAAUAGACUGGGCACGACAGAAGACAUGGGCGCUGCUGUGGCGUUUUUGGCAUCGGACGAUGCUAGCUACAUAACUGGUGAAACUCUAGUGGUGGCUGGUGGAAUGCCAUCUCGGCUUUAAGAUGGGAGUUAUUGUGUUGUUUAUCUUGUAAUCCCCAAGACGAGGUGCCAUCCCUCUCCCUUUCAUAUCUUCAGCAUACAAAUAACAGAGAAAAACACUUUUUUUCAUGGACCAAUGUAUCUAUCUCCGUGGCUGGUGCUUCUCAGUCUGUAGCCUGCAAUUUGGAUGGACGAUUCUUGUUUGGUGAAAUGCAUCAAAUAAAAGACGGUUCUACAUGUAUUCAGCCAAGACUUUCUUUCCACAAGAUCAUAGGGCUAUCAACAAGCAUUGAGAAUACAAAAAGAGGCCGGCCUCUUUUUAUUGCUCCUGUGAUGAACCCGGGGUAGCCCCCGACUUCCAUAGGUCCUUGGUUCGACCUCCUAAUGAGAAUUGAGGUCCUUGCGCGGGCGUCUCAUCCUUAAGACUUGCUUGCUCUGCAUGGAGUGCCCCGUGGUUCCUCCUCGAGUGCCAGCAGCAGAGAGGAAGGCCAUCAACUAUGUUUUCACCGGGGAUUCGGGUUUCAUCGCCCGGUCAGAGACCACCAAUUCAUCCCCUGAAAACGCGCCACGAAAUUCGCCCCCGGUAGAAUCUCUUUACCCAAGUACUGGUUCUAAGAAUCCAAGGGCAUCUUCCAUACACUCUUAAGUAUGCAACACAAGUUCUCGAUGGCGUAUGGGAAGAAGACCCUGGAAAAUGGCAGCCUAUCAUUGCAGUUCUGGAAUCUGAGUCCAAGGGAAGUCGAGUUCUGGUAACAACAUGCAACCAAAAUGUAGCCCGUAGUUUAAACUCGAGUAGUAUCUCGAGUUUGCGAGAGCUGUCCCUGGACGAUUGCUGGCCAAUCUUCAAGCGGAAAGCUGCCUGUAACUCGCAUCAAAAUGCUUUGUAUAUGGAAUAUAUUGGAAGGAAAAUUGUGGAAAGGUGCGGUGGCGUACCUCUUGUUGCAGCAGUGUUGGGAGAUAUAGUAUGCACUUGGCAUCCAGGAGAAAACUGGGCUCGUUUCACGGACCAUGAAAUUUGCUCUGUGAGAGGUCUUUCCGACUUUUUGUGGCCGACUUUUACAUUCAUCUGUCUAGAAGAACUUGUCAUUUGCUUUAUGCCUAGUGUGACUUACAUUCAUCAAAAUGCUUUAUGCC